CCAAGAAUUCACACAAUUUCAGAAAAGAAGAGAAGAGAGUUAUAUGAGAAUGGCAUGCAUAGAUAGAGCAUCUCCAGCACUCAACCAAAUACUGCUAAAACUUUACUGUGCUGAGAAGGCCUUGGAGAUUGAUCAUCACUUGUAUGAAUUUGGGUCAGUGGAGUACCAUAUUCAGUCUCAAGCCUCUGAUCCACAACUAGCCUACUUGUCAAUAUCAACGCCACCUCUUUGCCAUGGUGUCCUGCCAAAGGAACUUUCUUCUAAGACCAUUGAAAUGGUUAAGGGUCUAUGUCCUAAUGUUGUGGAGAUUAUAGAGCCUGCCAAAGAAGGAUACCAGCUUACUCUGAAGCUUAACCUUAAUCAGAUUCCAAGAAACAAAGACUAUGAUAAGAUCAUUAGGGAAAUAUCAUCAGUACAUUCAGUAAUUCUGAGUUCACAGCUCAAAGAAAUAUUAUGGAACGUGAAUUCUGAUGAUGCACUUCAGGGGAUGUACAAACCCAUCAAACUAGUCUACCAUCCAAGAGAACCUUUCUUUCUCAUAAGACAGCCACAAAGAAUCAUAGCAGUAUUCCCAAUUCGUUUCAAGGAAAAGUCAGAUGUGACUAUUGCCACAACUUUCUUUCAGGAGCUUGUGGAUGUGGGAAGUUCAGAUAAAUGGGCCAAGGUGCCACCCUGCAGCUGGUCAGCCAUUCCUCCACCAGAGUUAAGAGGAGAAGCUUUUGAGGAUUUGAGUACCAAUGGAGGGUUUUUCACUUUUGAUAUCUCUUCUCGCCAUGUUGAAGGCAAUAGGCUAGACAAAACUGUCUGGAGUCUAUUAAAUUUUAGUACCUAUGUUAGAUAUCAUGUAAAGAGCACCAAAGGUUUUAUACAAAGAAGGAUGAGGAAGCGUUUGGAAAGCUUAGUUGAGGUACUGCACCAAACAAACUCAGAAGAACAUGAACAAACCAAACAACAUCAAGUAUAUAGGUACACAAAGAAACUAGUGAGAUCAACAAAAUAUGUCAUCCUGAAACAGAUGGGGAACCUUUGGAAGAAAAAUAAAGAGGAUCGGUUUCCGACUUAAAAUUAAUGGAUUUACACGGUUUCGUCAACGAUGGUUGAGGUUCCCAAAAUUUUCAACAGGAUAUACGAAAAUAUAGAGUAGAAUUCAGUGCAACUAUCAUUUUAUGUAAUAUAUGGAGUUCAUAAAGAUGGCCCUAGAAAAUGGAUACUUCACUACCUAUUGUAUCAUGCCUAACUAUAAAAUUUAUAUGGAUUUCAACUACUUUAUUGUAAACGAAAAGGAGCUUAUUCAUUGGUCUAGACAUCUACCAAAUUUGUAAUGUUGCAAGUGUAAUGUCUCUGUAUAGCAAUCACGAUGAAGUUUUAUACCCGAAGGUUUUACACAAUAUGAGUAUAAUCCUUUCAAGAGGGUUCCAUUCCAUCUAA